GCGAAGGACGCGUGCUAUUCCAAUUGUUGGUUCCUACUGAUUUUUCUUUACCCUUUAUAUUCUCUCCUCCACUUACUUCUUCAGCCAUUCCUCCGCCGUUGACUGAUCAUCGAUCGCUCGUCUUCUUCUAGAUAUGAAGACUGAUGGCAGGAAUAAAGGGGCCGGAAAAAAGGAGACUAAAGAAGCAUUGAAGCCAGUCGACGACCGGAAAGUUGGGAAAAGGAAGGUUGCCCCUACUGCAGACAGGAGGAAUGCGAAGAAGGAAAAGAUUACCAAGAAAGACCCGAACAAGCCGAAAAGGCCUCCCAGUGCCUUCUUUGUGUUCCUUGAGGAGUUCCGGAAGACUUUCAAGAAGGAAAAUCCUAAUGUCAAGGCUGUCUCAGCUGUUGGCAAAGCUGGCGGAGCCAAGUGGAAAUCGAUGUCUGAUGCUGAAAAGGCUCCAUACGAAGCUAAAGCGGCGAAGAAGAAAGUCGAGUAUGAAAAACUAAUGAAUGCCUACAACAAGAAGCAGGAGAGCUCCGCUGAUGAUGGUGACGAAGGGUCCGAGAAGUCGACAUCAGAAGUUCAUGAUGACGAGGAGGAGAGUGUACAGGAGGGAGACGAUGACGACGAUGAGGAUGAUGAUGACGAGUAACAAAGAGAUCCAAGUUGAAACUUUUGGCUGAACUCUAUGUGAAAGAUGAAAGCUAUUAUGUACGUUAAGUUAAGAAAGCUUUUUUAGUCUAUCUAUCUACAUUUUGUUAUUAUUAUGAAAUACAGAGCAUGGCGUGCGUUUAUGUAUUAUUGUGAAGUUUCCUAAUGGAUCAUCUUUGGGUUUCCUCGAUGUAUUUAGUGCCUAAGCAAAUGACAUUAUUGUGCAAGUUCGAGAAUAUUGCUUAUUCAUUUAUGUUAA